UUAAACUCUCACGCACCUGCCGAAUCCUCCUGGCCCCGCCCACAUGCCAAGCCCCGCCCACCGCUCUGGUUCCUCGCACCCCUUUGCCCCACGGAUCCUCCCCGCCCACCGGAGCCUGGUACCUGCGGGCUCCGCCCUUGCACCCUAGUCUGGUCCCCAGUGGCCAUCGCGCCCAGGGAGGUAGGUGUUCAGCUGGCACUCAGGUAAGUCGCGUUCUCUCCGCGCGCUCCCCGCACCCCGUCGGCACGGAGGGGCCCCAGGCUAAAGGCGGGGGGCUCCGCAGCCCGGACCCCGCCUCGUCGCUGCUGCUGAGCGCUCCCCCGGCCCCGAGUCCCGACGGCGGCAGCACCAGCACCGUGGUGCCGGACCGCGGCGUCAUGCCCGAGCUGGUGGUGACGGCCCUGCUGGCGCCGUCGCGCCUCAGCCUGAAGCUGCUGCGCGCCUGCAUGUGGAGCCUGGUGUUCUCCGCGGCGCUGGUGGCCGCCGCCUUCUACGGCUGCAUCGCGCUCACGCACGUGCUGUGCCGGCCCCGGCGCGGCUGCUGCGGGCGCCCCCGGCGCGCGGCGCCCGUCUGCCUGAGAGACCCCGAGCUGGGGGAGCACUGCUUCCUGACCCUCAGGAGCUCGGGCCUGCGCCUGCACUAUGUCUCUGCUGGACGUGGCAACGGGCCCCUCAUGCUCUUUCUGCACGGCUUUCCCGAGAACUGGUUCUCCUGGCGCUAUCAGCUCCGGGAGUUCCAGAGCCGCUUUCACGUGGUGGCUGUGGACAUGCGUGGCUACGGCUCCUCGGAUGCACCAAAGGAUGUGGACUCCUACACAAUGGACCUGUUGAUGGUGGACGUCCAGGAUGUCAUCCUGGGCCUGGGUUACUCCAAGUGUAUCCUUGUGUCCCACGACUGGGGUGCGCUUAUAGCCUGGAACUUCUCCGUCUACUACCCAUCCCUGGUGGAGCGGAUGGUGGUGGUCAGUGCCGCCCCCAUGUCCGUGUACCAAGAGUACUCAGUGCGCCACAUCGGCCAGUUCUUCCGUUCCAACUACGUGUUCGCGUUCCAGCUUCCCUGGCUGCCCGAGAAGGUGCUGUCCAUGUCUGACUUCCAGAUCCUGAAGACCACCCUCACCCACCGUAAGAGGGGCAUCCCACGCUUGAGCCCCGAUGAGCUGGAGGCCUUUCUUUAUGACUUCACCCAGCCUGGGGGCCUCACCGGGCCCCUCAACUACUACCGGAACAUCUUCCGGAACUUCCCCCUGGAGCCCCAGGAGCUGGCCACGCCCACCCUGCUGCUGUGGGGGGAGAAGGACCCCUACUUCGAGCAGGGGCUGGUCGGGGCCAUCGGCAGGCGCUUUGUGCCCGGCCGGCUGGAAGCCCACACCCUGCCGGGCGCGGGGCACUGGAUCCCGCAGAGCCACCCUAAGGAAAUGCACCAGCACAUGUGGGCCUUCCUGCAAGACCUGCUGCACUAGCGGCCCUCGCUCCCUGGCCCGCGUGCGCCUGGGAGACCACACGGCGACCGUUCUCAGGCGCUCUCUGGGGCCGUGCAUGGGGGCGGAACCCCGAGAUCGCACACAAGAGCGACGGCGGGUGUCCGGGAGCACGCCAACCCGUGUGCUCACCGGCCUGAGUGUGUACCCGUGAGCAAGCACGUUGACUCCAGGAAACCAGGGAUGCCUCUGUCCCGUGGAGCUACAUGCUGUGUUCUCUCUCCCUUCCCUGGGGCCCCAGUUCUCUGGCCAAAAUCAGCACCCUGAGACCCUGAAGUAAACUUUUACUUUUCUGUCCCUGGUCCUACCUCCAUCCAGUCUGGGUCUUCAGCUACAUGCUGCUUUGUCCAAUAUAGGCUUGGUAGUCACAUCUGGCUACUGCGAUCUAAUUGCAAAUUAACUAAAAUUAAAUACAAUUAAAAGUUCAA